AAUGCAAGUUAAAGAAAAAAUGACUGAUUUAAUUGAAGAAAAUGUUGAGGGAGAGGAACAACCUUUAAAUGAUGAAGAACUUAUUAAAGGACAUUGUGUUGAACUUUUUUCGACAAAAGAUUUUGUAAUGGAACCACAAGUGAUUACUACUUUAUUGGCUUUCUUUCAGGCUGGUGGGCAGCCCGAAAAGGUUAUUGAACUUUUAUCAAAUAAUUAUAAUGGAUUGGGACAAUAUGCAAAUUUAUUUGGUUGUUGGCUAUCAGAUUUAGAAAUGGAUGGGGAUUUUAUUGAAACAAUUAAUAAUGAACAAGAAAUUGUUGCCUCAACCUCCUCUAAUUCGGUAUUAUUAAUGGGGGCUGAUGUUCAACAACAAAUUGAUCAUCGUUCCUGGCGUCGAUUAAUUUAUGAAUUAGCUGAACAUUUUCCAAAUUGUUUAAUGCUUAAUUUUGCUGUUAAAUUAAUUAGCGAUGCUGGAUUUCAACAUGAAAUAAGUAAUGUAAAUACUGCUGCACAACAAUUAGAUAUAUUUUCUCGUGUAUUUCUUUCAACAUUAGAACAAUUACUUGAAGAAUGGAAAAAUUGUUUGGGUGAUUGUCAAGUUUUAGCUUAUCGGAGACAUUUUGCUGAACUUAAAAGAGUUGCUUGUCAUUCAGAACAAACAUUUAUGUACACACAAAUGUUGUUAAAUAAUGUUGGAUGGAAGUGUAAAAAUCAAAAACAAUCGGAAAUUUGUUCAAGUUUAGCCCAACAAUUAAGGCUUGCUUUUGAAGGGAAAAAAGAAGAUAUUGAAGGUGUACAUAUUGGAAUUAUACAAUCUUGUAUAGACAAAAUACCCUUACAUAUAAUUCAAGCAAUGCAAACAAUGUUUGCCAAAGGUUUAAACCCUGCAGAUAUUACCCAACUUUAUCAAGUACUUUCUUUAAAUUUAAAAUUCAAAAUUUCAUUUCAGGCAUAUUCAAAUCCAAACCCGCCCCCAGUUGUUUUAAUUAGAGAUCCUUUUUUCACAGAAAUGCUUAUUGAUGGACUUUUCUCUGCUGUUGGAGCGAAAAUACAUUUAGAACACAGACCCAAAUAUAUUUUUUUGUUGUCUUAUUCAAGUUGUGUAAUUGAAACAAUUAAUUCUGAAGGAAUUUUGCCUAAAAGAAAACAAAAUAAAUUGGAAUUAAAUUCUACUAGAGAGAAAAUGCAACAACUUGUGGAUACUUUAUAUUCUUAUGAAGAUUUAUUGUUGUCAUUAGAACAAUUAUUAGAAUUAAUUAAAUUGCCUGUUUUGUCUGCUGCCAUUCUUCAUUAUUUACGGACAUUUCUUAUUCGUGAAGACGGUGUUUUGACAGAACCAAUCCCUCUACAUUAUGUGUUGAUUGAUAAAAUUGCUGAAAAACAUUUUAAUUUACAUGAAAGAGUCUUUAAAUUACUCUGUGCUCUCUACGAUCAUUUAUCUGGUCAGAAUGAAGUUGCAGAAAUUAUAAUGGAAAGGCAAAGACAAAUUGUUGACCGUUUUGUAAAUCUUUUAUUUUUUGGUAUGGCAAUACCUGUUUUGGAAAAAAUUGUUGGAAUGUUUAAAUCUGGGUAUAUUGACGUUUCUCUUGUUAGAUAUUUUGGUAUUGAAGUACUUGAAUUAGUUGAACAGCCAUACUCUCCCCAAUUUAUAUCUGCUUUACUUCCGAUUGUGACAAAUAAAGAAGUGGGUAUUUUUAGUUUGAAAAAGGGGAAAUUUAGAAAAUUUUUAUAUUUAAUAAGAAGAACAAAAUUUCAAACAAAAAUCCCUUAUUUUAAUUUUACAAGUACUUAA